UCUCUAAGCCCAGUAAAGCGGCGAAGCAGAAGAUGAGAGCGCUUGUUCAGUGUUGUUGAUGUUGGAGAUGCAGAGAGGAUGAAUGAAGGUCUGUGUGGAGACAAGCAGGAGCUGCUCGAGGUGAAGAAAUGACUGCUGUCCAGUUCAAAGUCUUCUCCUGUUCCUUGCGUCCACCUUGCUACACAGAUCAAUGGCGUAUGCACAUCAAUAGACACCACCAACAGUAAUACAUCAAACUGCCAAGAUGAGAUUAAAUUAAAUGUAAAAAUAUGGAAUCCGGAAGAAGCCCCGAGCAAGCCUCCUCCAGCUCGCUCCGCACUUAUGGAUCUCUCAGUUGUGCACAGCAAAAUGCUAUCAAGGAGAGAAUCCACCACUGUCCAGACUGCGGGAAGAGCUUUACUCAUCAGAGUCACCUCCAAAGACACCAGCGCAUCCACACUGGAGAGAAACCGUAUCGCUGCUCAGACUGUGGGAAGAGCUUCACUCAGCAGAGUAAUCUCCAGGAUCACCAUCGCGUCCACACGGGAAAGAAACCAUAUUACUGCUCGGACUGCGGGAAGAGCUUCUCUCGGCACAGCCAUCUCCAGGAUCACCAGCGCAUCCACACAGGAGAGAAGCCGUAUUACUGCUUACAUUGUGGGAAGAGGUUUACUCAGCACAGCCAUCUCCUGCAGCACCAGCGUGUCCACACGGGAGAGAAACCGUACUGUUGCUCAGAGUGUGGACGGAGGUUUAGUGACAGAGGUACUCUCAAAACACACCGCUACAUCCACACAGGAGAGAAGCCGUAUCAGUGCUCAGACUGCGGGAAGAGCUUCAACCAGCAGAGCAACCUCCAAAAACACCAGUACGUCCACACAGGAGAGAAGCCGUAUGUCUGCUCCGAGUGCGGGAAGAGGUUCACGCGACAGAGUCGUCUCCAAGAACACCAGUACAUCCACACGGGAGAGAAACCGUUUCACUGCUCCGAGUGCGGGAAGAGCUUCAAUCAGCAGGUUCAUCUCCAAACACACCAGCGCAUCCACACAGGAGAGAAAUCCUAUUACUGCGCAGACUGUGGGCGGAGCUUUAGGCACUCGAAUACUUUAAAGAUACACAAGUGCACUAAGGGUAAAGUGACUGAGAAUGAUAUGGCAUCUAUACCAAGCCCCAGUACUCUGCUAACGUCACCUGGUUGUCUCCACAGUAACGCAGCUCCUGGGAGGAUGCAGAAGCAUAAAGCCAUGGAGAGAGAUCACCACUGCUCAGAGUGCGGGAAGAGCUUUAGAAACGGAGACACACUCAAAACACACCAGCGCAUCCACACAGGAGAGAAACCGUUUGACUGCUCAGACUGUGGGAGGAGCUUUGCCCAGCAGAGUGAUCUCCAAAAGCACAAACGAAUUCACACAGGAGAGAAGCCGUAUCACUGCUCGGACUGCGGGAAGAGCUUCACUGUAAACAGCAGCCUCCGAAAACAUAAGCGCAUCCACACUGGAGAGAAGCCGUUUCACUGCUUGGAGUGUGGAAAGAGCUUCACCCAACACAGUGAUCUCCAAAAACACAGACGCCUUCACACAGGAGAGAAACCGUAUUACUGCUUGGAGUGUGGGAGGAGGUUCACUCAGCAGAGCACUCUGCAAAUACACAAGCGCGUUCACACCGAAGAGAAGCCGUUUCACUGCUCUGAGUGUGGGAAGAGUUUUGCCCAGCAGGCUAAUCUCCAAAUACACCAGCGCAUCCACACAGGAGAGAAACCGUAUUACUGCUCUGACUGUGAGAAGAGCUUCAGGCACUGUAAUACGUUAAAACUGCACAAGUGCACCAACAAGGGAGUGACCGGUUGUGAAAAAAAUGGAAAGCUGAAAUAUGAGUACAUGGUAUUCACAAUAAGCUUGACUACUCAGCAAAUGUUGUCAGUUUCCAGAAAAAUGCAAACAGUUACAGACAUGGAGGGAACUCACCACUGCUCAGAGUGUGGGAAGAACUUCAAAAAUGCAGGUUCCCUCAAAACACACCAGCGCCUUCACACUGGAGAGAAGCCGUAUUACUGCUCAGAGUGCGGGAAACGGUUUACUCAGUUGGGUAGUCUCCGAAAACACCAGCGCAUCCACACUGGAGAGAAACCAUAUCAGUGCUCAGACUGCGGGAGGUGUUUUACUCAACAGAGCAGUCUCCAAAAACACCAGCGCAUUCACACGGGAGAGAAACCGUAUCAUUGCUCAGACUGCGGGAGAAGUUUCACUGCGCACAGUAGUCUUCAAAAACACCAGCACAUCCACACAGGACAAAAACCAUUUCACUGCUCGGACUGCGGGAAGAGUUUUACUGCACGCAGUCAUCUUCAGUCACACCAGCGCCUUCACACAGGAGAGAAGCCAUAUUACUGCUCAGAGUGUGGAAAGAGUUUUUUUUCUCAUAGUCACCUCCAGUCACACCAGCGCAUUCACACUGGAGAGAAACCGUUUCAGUGCUCAGAGUGCGGAAAGAGUUUUAAUCAACACAGUAAUCUCCAAAAACACCAGCGCCUUCACACCGGAGAGAAACCGUAUGCCUGCUCAGAGUGCGGGAAGAGCUUUACUCAAGGGAAUCAUCUCCAAGGUCACCAGCGCAUUCACACUGGAGAGAAACCGUAUCACUGUUCAGACUGUGACAAGAGUUUCAGGCACUGGUAUACUUUAAAGAUGCAUAAAUGCACGAAGAAGGAAGUUGUAAUGACUGAGUGUGUUGAAUCAACAAAUCAUUUUCAUGAUUAGUUUUGUGGUUAGAUGUGGCUGCAUGAAUGAUGUGACCUUCAUUACCUGUGUAUUUUUUUUUUUCUUCACUAAAUUUCCAAACUCCACAGAACACACAGGAUGUUUGUUCCUUGAAAAGACCUCUGUAUUCGAGAUGAGGACUUUUUCCAUGUUCAUGUUCAUAUCUAAACUACCCUGAGAGACGUGCUGCCCAAUGUCACAGACAAGGCAUCAAGCAAGUUCAUUUAAGACCAUUGGAGGUCUUGAACGUCACUGAGAAUGACUGCUGGAGUCAUCACCAGGUUGGACAGCAGAGACCUGCAUGAACUUCACGCUUGUUGACUGAUCAAGUAAUUAGGGAUGCAUUGAUACAGAUACUGUUAUCAGGUAUCAGCCCAAUUACAUGUACUAGAACUGUUAGAAAAGUGGUUCUGUAUAGCAUCAAAAAAGGUUGUUACUUUGUAAAACUUGGAACAGUUCAAAAGCACCAAAAAGGAUUUCUAUCACCAUGCAAAUAAAAAUUGAUACAUGCAGAUGGUUCUACAUAUAA